AUGGCGGCGCUCGUUGUUCUGCAGGUGCCGGCGCAGUUAUGCCUGCCCGGCGCGCCGAGCAGCCGCGCGAUUUCCGCUGUGAGAUCUGCCGCGCAGAGCCGCGAGAGCGUCAGAAGCCGCCGCGUGAGCCUCGCGCCCUGUCCCAGCGCGCGCAGCCGCAUUGGCGCUAGCGGGCGCAUGGGCGCGGGAAGCAGCGCUCUGCACAGCGAUGAGCGCUGGCGCAAACUCCUUUCCGCCACCGCGAAGCCGAAAUGGGGACAUACGUUCAAGCGCACCACGCCCAGAUGGACGGCUGCAGUCGUGCCCUCCACCAAGCCCUCCAAACGCCAAUCGGAGCCUCAGCACUCCUCCCCCUCUCACCACAAUGCUCACAGCGCCAACACCACCAACACCAGCAACAGCAGCAGCAGCACCGGCAGCAGCAGCAAGAGCAGGGCGAUCGCCACAGUGCCGCGCGCACCUUCCGCGCCCAUCCCGCGCGAGCCGGCCACUCGCCGCCUCUUCGCCAGCUUCUCCCGAUCCGGCCGGAAACGCCCCCUGUGGAAGCAGGCGGGCAUGUGGAUGGCAGGGGCGGCAGCGGCAGCAGUGGGCGUGCAAGUCAGCGCGCAAGUGCUGGAGGCGCUCGACAAGGUGCCGUUCCUAGCAGAUCUCGAGGUGCUGGUGGGCACGGGCGUGGCGCUCAACUUCCUCUCCUCCUACGUGCGCGGAGGGCCGGCGCGAGCACGAGUGCAGGCGAGCAUAGACAGGAUAGUGGAUGCCAUCAGGGGCUUCGACACUCCCACCGACUCGGACCUUCAGCUGCAGCUGCAGCAACUCGUUGCCGACACCACCGUCGCUGCUGCUCCCUCCCUCGCCUCCGCCUCCGCCUCUGCCUCUUCCUCCUUCUCCCCUCCCUCUUUCUCCUCCGCGUCAUCCCCCUCCGCCUCCUCCUCCUCGCUGUCCUUUCCUGCUCGCAUUGCCGGUACAGGGCUGUUCAAGGCAAGGGGAAGCCAGAGCACCAAGCAAGAGGGAGGAGGGCAGGGGAGGCCAGCCGAGUUGACCUUUGGAGGGAAUGGGGGAGAGGGAGAGAGAGGAGGAGAGGGAGAAGGCGAGGAGGUGGUGCUGGUGAAGAAACAGUCGCUGAUCAGCCGAUUGGUGGAUUUUGUCCGGGGCAAGGAGGUCAAGACAAAACGUGCCACCCUCGCGCUGCAAGCCGAGGCCGCCCGGUCGCAGGCGCUGCAGUCCCGGGCGGCGGAUCUGAACCAGUCGCUGCAGGCCAGCAAGCGGGCGGCGCAGGCUGCCGCCCAGAAGCUGGAGGAGCUGCGGGCGGCGAAUGGGCGGCUGCAGGUGGAGCGGAGCGACGCGCGGGCGGCGAUGGGUGGACUGCAGCAGGAAGUGGCGUCGCUGUCUGCCGCCCUGGGGAACCUCACGGCUGAUACAGACGCUCUGAAGCAGUCCAAGGAGAAGCUCGCCUCGAAGGUCCAGUCAGCAAUCACUGAGAACCAGUCACUGCAGGCCAGCCUGGCAUCGGCAAAAUCCCGGCAGCAGCAGCAGGUGGCGGCAGCAGAGGCGAUGCGCGCGCAGCUGAGGGCCGCCGAGGCCACACUGGGCGAGCGGGAGGAGGCACUCAAGCGCGCACAGGCGGAGAGCGCGCAGGAAAAGACGACGUAUGCCGCCCGGCUUCAGGGCGUGAAGAAGGAGAGGGACGAAGCAUUGGCAGCGGUGGUGGUGGUGGAGGGGCGGCUAGCAGCACUGGAAGCCACGCUGCAGCAAGCAGCACAGACCCGGGCAGAGAUCUUCAAAAACAACGCAGAGCUCAAAGCACGACUCGAGUCCGUCUUGCAGCAAAACCGCGACCUUGCCACCCAGGCCGCCCGGAUGGAGGAGAGCGGGCGGCAGGUUUCGGCGGUAUUUGAGCAGCGGGAGGGUGCGCUGGUGCAGCAGAUCCGGAAACGGGAGGCUGAGCUGGCGGCGCAGAAGAAACGGGCGGCUGCUGAGCUGGCGGGGGUGGAAUCCAGGCUGGAGGGGGAGCUGAGGAAGGCUGAGGAGGAGAAGCAGAAAUACAUGCAGGCGUGUGAUUGGCUGGAGAAGCAGCUGGCGUCUCUCAAGGCCGAGAACGAGACGAUGAUCGCCGACCUUCGCUCAUCUCUGGCGUUCGCCGAGCAACGGGCCAAGGAGGAGGGUGCUAAGGUGGUUCAGCUGCGCGCUGAGCUGGAAAAGCAGACAAAAGAUGCCGACCGGCACAAGGCGGCGCUGAAAAAGAAGGUUGCUGAGCUGGAGGGCAAGCUCGGAUCCAGCCAAUCGCAGCUCUCCAUUGCCGAGAAGGCUCUUGCCACUGCUACAGCUGCAGCCAAUCGCGUGAGGACAGCUGGCAAGGAUGCUUUGGAGGGGUUGGUGGUGCCGGCUGUAGCGCCUGGUAAGGGGACGGCUGUAGCAGCAGGAGGAGCAGCUGUAGCAGGAGCAGGAGCAGUGGCAGGGAAAGCAGUGACAGGAAAGGAGCAAGGGAAGAAGAGUGGGAAGGUUGUUGUGAGCAAGAAGCAGCAGGAGGAGGAGAGGGUGGGGCGGAUGAGGGAGGGCGAUCUGAAGGUGUACGCUCGAGCCAUCUUCCCUGCAUAUGUGGAUGUGAGGGGACCGGCCCUGGAGCAGACCCGAGGAGUCAACGCUCUUGUGCUGGACAUGGUGAGCAAGGGAGCGGAGGAGCAGUGGGCGCGGAAGCAUGUGACAGAGUCGCUGCUCAAGCCCGCCCUGGCCGCUGCUGAUGCUGCUGCCUCCGCUGCAGCAAAGACCACCGCUUCUGCUGGCAGUAACAAGGCAGGCAAGAAGAGCGUGAGCAAGGAGGCGCUGCAGUCGUAUGCGAGGGCCAUCCAGCACGCUUACAUCGACGAUUCCAUCCCUGUGAAGGAGCAGCAGGCGGGCAUGCAGCUGCUCGUGCAGGAGCUGGUGGCGAUGGGCGGAGAGGAGGAGUGGGCGCGCAGCUUCGUGCAUGACUCGGUGGCCGCCAUACCUGCAAGCCCGCGCAAGUGA